AUGGCGAUGGCGGGCAAUGGAAGGACUCGCUACGAAGGCGGUGGGGCCGAUGAAAAGUCCCGCAAGUGGUCUUUCAGUCCAGAGAUAAAUGAAGACCUGCAGACAGCUUUUCAGGAGGCUGGACAAAAUAAUUCUACUAGCAUUUCUGCUGCCACUGGGAUAGCAAAGCUUCAACAAAUUUGGAAACAUUUUUUUUGUAUUGCUAGGAGUUCAGAAAGCUUUGUGUGAUGUCAUUGUAUGAGGAUGAGGAUGAUAGAUAUGAGGUGUGGGUGAUGGAGGAGUAUGGGGUGGUUGGAUCAUGGGUCAAACGUCAUUCCUUUUUGCAUUUUUCUAGUGAUGCGUAUAAUCUAUUUGGAUUCACAUCAAACUAUGCAUUUCUUCUUUUAGAUGAGGAUGGCCAUAUUCUUUUGUAUGAUUCAGCCACACACAAGACUAAAAUCUUGGAGAAACCUUGUCGUGGAGAAUAUAGUAUAAAUAAAAUUGUGGAGUAUGUGGAAAGUCUUGUUUGGGUAGCACCUGUCAAGCAUGAUGAGAUGUUGGAUGGUGCCGAAGAAAAUUAAAAUCCAGAGAUGUCAAGUAUGAUACAAAGUUUCUUAUUUUUGUUUAUGUCAAGUAUCAAAUUUUACUACAUUACAUCCAUAUUCUCUCUUGUUAUUUUGAUC